AUGAGUUCGAUUUUCCCUCUUCGUGCGGUGUGGAUUAUGGCGGCGCUGUUUCUUCUCGCAAACACCGUCACGGUGGUGAAUUGUAUCCCCAACAGAGAACUAAAUCCAAUGCUCAACACUCUCCGAUCAAGAGGCUACCGUCUCUUCCGCAACGCAAUCCUCACCUCUGAUAUCCGAUUCGAUCUUCUUUCCUUCGACGACGCAAAUUCAAACGUUACACAUUCUUUCACUUUCUUCGCUCCCACCGAUUUCUCCCUCUUCGCGCUCGACAUGACUCAAUCGGCAUCGUCUUAUACAGAUACUCUCCGUUACCACAUCAUCCCUCGCCGUAUCUCUCUUCGACAGCUUCGUCUCCUUCCAAACGGUUACACGCUCCCUACACUUCUCCACACGCGGCAUCUUAGAGUCACGCGCCAUUUUGAGUCUUCUGUUACUUUUAUCGGCGGUGUGGAAGUAUCUUUCCCGGGAAUCUUUUACAGCCGUCACGUCGUCGUUCACGGCCUCACUGGAAUUCUAAAUCUCCGUUCUCAUAAUAAUCAUACCUCUCCGGCGCAGAUUCUUUCUCCGAUGCAUUCUCCAGGUCACCGUCAUUUCUCUUCAAGAACGACUCCGCAUUCUUCGAAAAAUCAAACGGUUCUUGAUCCAGUUCCGGUUCAGAAUUCGGAUUCGUUCAAAUUCACUGACCGGCAAGAAUCUUCUCAUCCGGUUAACGCUCCGGUACUAGAGCCAGCGCAAACGCCGGAAAUCGGAAUUGUUCACGUUCAUUCUACUGUGAAUUUCAGUAACGCUCCUUCUGUUACGCCGGUUUUUCCUCAAGAAGAUUCUGCUUCAGCGAUAUCUGUUCCGCCGGAAGGAUAUUCCGAUGCGGAGGCUCUGGCGCCGGUGGUGCAGGAGAGUAGUAGAGUUUCGUUGUUGGAAAUGGAAGGAGCGAUAGAGAUGUCGGUGAAAUCUGAAGCGUUGGAUUGA